AUGAACAUGAGGAAAAUUAAUGCAGUGGCAUGCAGGCAUCCAUCACAUUACACUAAUUUUAACUCCGAGUACCUCAUCCACUUUGGCAUCGACACGCCGCGCCCGCAGCAUGUGGCGCUGACGCUCGACACCGGCAGCGACCUCAUCUGGACGCAGUGCUUCUGCCAGGUCUGCUUCCCACAGCCGUUCCCGGAGCUGGAUACCUCCGCCUCCGGCACAGCCCGCGGCGUCUCCUGCUUUGACCCCCUCUGCGUGCAGGGGGGCUUCUCGCUCUCCGGGUGCGCCGUCGGCGACAACUCCUGCGUCUACACCGACUCGUACGGCGACAACUCGAUCACGACGGGGAGGAUGUACCAAGACACCUUCACCUUCCAGCAGGCGGCCAACGGCAAGGUCGCGGUCGUGCCCAACCUCCGGUUUGGUUGCGGCAUGUUCAACACCGGGACCUUUGGAUCAAACGAGUCCGGCAUCGCCGGCUUCGGCCGGGGGGUGUUGUCUCUGCCGUCACAACUCAAGGUCGGCAGGUUCUCCCACUGCUUCACCACCAUCGUGGAGUCCAGGCCCAGCCCCGUGUUCCUGGGCACGCCGGACAACCUCGAAGCGCAGGCCACGGGACCUAUCCAAUCCACCCAGCUGGUGCGGAACCCCAAAUCCAAUCACUACUACCUUUCGCUCAAAGGCAUCACCGUCGGCAAGACGCGGCUGCCCUUUGACGCGUCGGCGUUCGCGCUCAAGGGCGACGGCUCCGGCGGGACGAUCAUCGACUCCGGCUCGGCCCUGACGAGCUUCCCGGAGGCCGUGUACCGGAGCCUCGUGGAGGCGUUCGAGUCGCAGGUGCCGCUGCCAGUCAACAAAAACAACACCGCCGAGCACGUUGGCUUGUUGUGCUUCACCGUCUCGCCGAAGAAGAAGGAGACCGCGAUGCCGAAGCUGAUCCUCCACCUGGAGGGCGCGGACUGGGACCUCCCACGGGAGAACUACGUGAUGUACACCGAGGAGGACGGGCUGUGCGUGGUGGUAAAUUCGGCGGGCGAGGACAGCAGGUCGCUCAUAGGCAACUUCCAGCAGCAGAACACGCACGUCGUCUACGACCUGGAGCACAAUAUGCUGCUCUUCGUGCCCGCGCGCUGCGACAAGCUCCUGUGA